AUGCUCACAUCAACCUUCCUCUUCAGCCUCAUCGGCCUGGCAGCGGCCUCACCGGUUCAGCCUCACAUCAAUAAGAACCCCGUGUACCCUCCCAGAUUGUCAUCAAAGGGCUUCAAGCUCGUCGUCAAUGUCACGGACCCCUCCAAGGACUUUGAUCCUCCCAUCCAGAACCUCGAGAUCACCAGUAUCCACACCGGUGCUGGUCAAGCCCUGAUGGGCGUCAUCAAGAACGACGGCCGCGUCUUCUACCAGAACGGCACCAAGGACGAGCGUCAGAACGGCGAGGCUACCACUAUUGCCGAUGGCGGUACUCCCCUGUUCCCCAACGGCAUUGGCCUCGUGGCCGAUAAGAAGAACAAGAAGCUUUUCGGUGCUACACUUAACUUCGAGGCUGGCACCGCUGGCGUCCAGCUCAACCAACCCGAGGACCCCUACACAUAUCUGUUGCCCGAGACUUUCGUGGCAUGCAACAAGAGCUUGGAGUACUACCAGGGCAAGCACUUCAUUGUGAUUGAGCAAGCCCGUAUCACCAUCGACAAGAACAAGAAGAUUCAGCGCAACAUCCCCAAGGGCUGUGCUCCCAUCCGCCUUGUUCCUGAGUGUGCCAAGCUCGAGUCUCUUCCCAAGGGAUCGUACGCCAGUCAUAAGUACGCUCUUGACUCCAAGUGCUACAAGGACGUGUCCAAGAUCCAGUGGAAGAAGUACAGCCCUUAA